AUGGACACAUCUGAGUCCUACCUGGACAUCCGAAUCUCACCCAAACCCUCACCUGCCUCACCUGCCUCACCUGUCCCUCACCCAGGUACGGCCACGGGUCUGGUGAUCGGCACAGGCGAGCGCACGGUGAUCGGGCGCAUCGCCAGCCUGGCCUCAGGUGUGGAGAACGAGCGCACGCCCAUCGCCGUGGAGAUCGAGCACUUCGUGGACAUCAUCGCCGGCCUGGCCGUCUUCUUCGGCGGCACCUUCUUCGUGGUGGCCAUGCUCAUCGGCUACCCCUUCCUGCGCGCCCUCGUCUUCUUCAUGGCCAUCGUGGUGGCCUACGUGCCCGAGGGGCUGCUGGCCACCGUCACGGUGUGCCUGUCGCUGACGGCCAAGCGGCUGGCGCGCCGCAGCUGCGUGGUGAAGAACCUGGAGGCCGUGGAGACGCUGGGCUCCACCUCGGUGAUCUGCUCCGACAAGACCGGCACGCUGACCCAGAACCGCAUGACCGUGGCGCACCUGUGGUUCGACGGGCAGGUGCACGCCGCCGACACCACCGAGGACCAGUCGGGUGAGGCCUUUGACCAGAGCUCGGCCUCGUGGGCGCUGCUCAGCCAGGUGAUCACGCUCUGCAACCGCGCCCAGUUCAAACCCGGCCAGGAGGGCGUGCCCGUGGCGCAGCGUGACGUCAUCGGGGACGCGUCGGAGUCGGCGCUGCUGAAAUUCGCGGAAGUGACGUCAGGGCCAGUGGCGGCCGCCAGGGGGCGCUACCCGAAGGUGGCGGAGCUGCCGUUCAACUCCACCAACAAAUUCCAGGUGUCGGUGCACGAGGCGGGCCCGCAGCAGCUCCUGGUGCUCAGGCAGCUCCUGGUGCUCAAGGGCGCCCCCGAGCGGGUGCUCGAGCGCUGCCGGGGGGCGCUGCGGGGGGGGGAGGAGCGGCCGCUGGACCCCGAGUGGAGGCGGAGCCUGGAGGGGGCGUGUCUGGAGCUGGGGGGGCGGGGCGAGCGCGUGCUCGGGUUCUGCGCCCGCUGGCUGCCCGCCGGCACUGUCCCCGCGGGGACGCCCCCCGAGGCGCUGGCCCAGGUGGCCUCCGGGCUCUGCUUCGCGGGGCUCGUGUCCCUCAUCGACCCCCCCCGCGCCACCGUGCCCCAGGCCGUGCGCAAGUGCCGCACCGCCGGCAUCCGGGUGAUCAUGGUGACAGGUGACCACCCGGUGACGGCCAAGGCCAUCGCGGCGCAGGUGGGCAUCAUCUCCGAGGGCAGCGAGACCCCCGAGGACGUGGCCGCGCGCCUGCGCCUGCCCCUCGAGCAGGUGCAGCCCAGCCAGGCGCGCGCCCGCGUGGUGACGGGCUCCGAGCUGGCCGCGCUGCCCCCGGGCGCUCUCGAGGAGCUGCUCCGCGCCCACCCCGAGAUGGUUUUCGCCCGGACGUCGCCACAGCAGAAGCUGGUCAUCGUGGAGAGCUGCCAGCGCCUGGGCGCCAUCGUGGCGGUGACAGGUGACGGCGUCAACGACUCACCUGCGCUGAAGAAGGCCGACAUCGGCGUGGCCAUGGGCAUCGCCGGCUCCGACGCCGCCAAGAACGCGGCCGACAUGAUCCUGCUGGACGACAACUUCGCCUCCAUCGUCACCGGCGUCGAGCAAGGCCGGCUGAUCUUCGACAACCUGAAGAAGUCGAUCGCCUACACGCUGACCAAGAACAUUCCGGAGCUGACGCCGUACCUGAUCUACAUCACGGCCAGCGUGCCCCUCCCCCUGGGCUGCAUCACCAUCCUCUUCAUCGAGCUCUGCACCGACAUCUUCCCGUCGGUGUCGCUGGCCUACGAGCGCGCCGAGAGCGACAUCAUGCACCUGCGGCCGCGCAACCCCCGGCGCGACCGGCUGGUCAACGAGCCCCUGGCGGCCUACUCCUACUUCCAGAUAGGUGCGAUCCAGUCCUUCGCGGGCUUCACCGACUACUUCGUGGCCAUGGCGCAGGAGGGCUGGUGGCCGCUGCUGGUGCUGGGGCUGCGCCCGCGCUGGGAGGACGCGCACGAGCAGGAGCUGCAGGACAGCUACGGCCAGCAGUGGACGUUCGGGCAGCGCAGGUACCAGCAGUACACCUGCUACACCGUGUUCUUCAUCAGCAUCGAGAUGUGCCAGAUCGCCGACGUGCUGAUCCGCAAGACGCGCCGCCUCUCCCUGUUCCAGCAGGGCCUCUUCAGGAACCGCACCCUGCUGGUGGCCAUCGUGUUCCAGGUGUGCAUCGGCUGCUUCCUCUGCUACUGCCCGGGGAUGCCCAACGUCUUCAACUUCAUGCCCAUCAGGUUCCAGUGGUGGUUGGUGCCGAUGCCCUUCGGGCUCCUCAUCCUCGUCUACGACGAGAUCCGGAAACUCGGAGUGCGGCGACACCCGGGCAGUUGGUGGGAUCGGGAGCUUUACUACUGAGGCACACCUGGGCACACCUGGGCA